AACCAUGAGGCCCCAAAAUACUUUUAACUCGUAACCAAACACCCUGUUGAAAAUAAGAAGCUAUGAUGGCCCUCGCCUCUCCCACCACAUCCAAUUAUCCUCUCCUCCCUGCUCUGAGGAACAAUCCAUCCUCCAACACCCAUCCAUUCCUCUCUUUCAGACCCAUAAACUCUCCUCCCAGCCCAAACUUUCGAGCAAGAGGCGAUGUCUCGCCCUCAGUUUCCUUCAAUCCUUCGGGCAAUUUUGAUCUCUCUCUCACUGGAGAUGAUGAUGCCCCACAGGUUGCACCUCCACCGCCCCCAACCGAAGGGCGCUUCGAAAUCGUCAUCGAUAAUGAUGUUAUAAGGCGUCUUGAUCUAUCGCCGGUUCGAGCACUAGCUGGAAAUAACUUUCACACAACAGGUGAUUCUCCACCAGAAGCAAGAAAGCUUUUGGACCACACUGUUGGCUUUACCAUCAAUUAUGAAAGAGAAGAUCCUUAUGACACCCGAGAACUAUCAGAAAUCCCUGAUAUAAGGCUCUGGUUUGUGAGACUGGAUGCUUCUUAUCCAUGGUUCCCUGUGGUGCUGGACUGGAGAGCUGGAGAACUUGCAAGAUAUGCAGCAAUGCUGGUUCCUCAUCAGAUAAGUACGAGACUUGGCAUUGUGUUCAAUCCUGAAGCCCUAGAAUUAUUUGUAAUGAAAAAAGCUUUUAUUGUGUACUCCUGGUUGAAGCAGCAAAAUAUUCCAAAGCCUAAGUUGAAGACAUGCGACAUGGCCAGAAUGCUUGGAUUUGGUUUAGGAGACCAAUUAUUCGACUUGAUCGACCGGCAUCCCCUCCGUCUGUCUUAAAUUUGGUAAUCUUGCAAUUCUGAAAUGUGGAAUGUUAUGUGAAACUACUGGAGUUCUGCAUGAACAAUCUUCAUUCUUGUUGAGUACAUCCCUGACUGAAGAUUGGAUUUCAAUUCAAGUCCAAAUGAAUCAGCAAGAAGUAAUUGAGGACAGGGAAGACUAGAAGAAUACAUUAUUCACUACCUUCUUCAGAGUGAGAUGGUCCAAAGGUGACUUGAGUUACACUUCAUUCAAUAAAUACCUGAUCAUGUGUAUGUCAUGCACACCAGGAGUAGAUAUGUUAUUUCUCAGAAUUCUUGUGAUAACAAGGGUGGUACUGUAAAGUAUGUAAUGAUCAAGUUUGUCUUGCAACAAAGUAGUUUACUGAUGCCUGCCUUUGUUAGUUUCUUUUUAAUUGUGCCAAUCAUACACAAUAACAUAUUGUUAUAAACAGAGCUGCAGAACUCAAUAUUGGAAUUUCACAGA